CUUUCGUAAAACCCUAAAAAAUUACACAAAACCCUCAAAGUCAGUCCAAUCAGCGCAGGUUCGAUGUCGGAGCUCUUCCUCAAUUAACACGUUAUAUAUUUCUGCUAAAACCCUCUUAAAAUCUCCACCGUCGUGUGUCGUUGUUUCUGAACUUUCCUCAGCGCCGCCGUCUCCAAAUCUCAAAGCUCACAACGCCUCUCAGGUGAAGAUAAUUCAAAAGUUUCAAUCUUUCUCUCAGGUUACAAAGGGAAUCAAGAUGGAGGUCGCUUUAGAGGAUAACAAUCUCAUGGAGAAGGUGGUAUUGACUCCUGAUGAGCAGGAGAUGGAUGUUGAGUUGGAGGCUAAAGAGAAGAAGUAUCUAAGAGGAGAAGGUGCUAAUCUAGAGACGUUGAAGGACAAGAAGCUAAAGACUCAACUCGCUUCACGAGAGAAAUUGUAUGGGAAGUCUGCAAAAGCUGCUGCCAAGAUCGAGAAGUGGCUCUUGCCGGCUUCAGCAGGGUACUUGGAGACUGAUGGUUUAGAGAAGACGUGGCGGAUCAAGCAGACAGAUAUCGCCAAAGAAGUAGAUAUAUUAAGCUCAAGAAACCAAUAUGACAUUGUGCUCCCAGAUUUUGGGCCGUACAAACUUGAUUUUACUGCAAGUGGACGGCAUAUGCUAGCUGGUGGUCGCAAAGGCCACCUUGCUCUUGUAGACAUGAUGAAUAUGAACCUAAUUAAAGAGAUCCAGGUAAGGGAAACAGUACGUGAUGUUGCAUUCCUGCACAAUGACCAAUUCUUUGCAGCUGCCCAGAAGAAGUAUGCUUAUAUUUAUGGGAGAGAUGGAACUGAGCUCCACUGUUUGAAGGAACGUGGUCCAGUGGCUAGACUCAGGUUCCUAAAGAACCAUUUCCUGCUUGCAUCAGUGAACAAAAUCGGACAGCUACAUUACCAAGACGUGACCUACGGUGACAUGGUAGCUAGUAUCCGAACAGGCAAAGGCAGAACAGACGUAAUGGAAGUGAACCCUUACAACGGUGUUGUCGCCUUGGGACACUCUGGUGGAACCGUCACGAUGUGGAAACCAACUAGCCAAGCACCUCUAGUCCAGAUGCAGUGUCACCCUGGUCCAGUCUCCUCUCUCGCCUUCCAUCCAAACGGCCAUCUCAUGGCUACAUCGGGCAAAGAGCGCAAAGUCAAGAUCUGGGAUCUGCGCAAGUUCGAGGAGGUCCAGACCAUUCACGGCUUCCACGCCAAGACGCUGAGUUUCAGCCAGAAAGGUUUGCUAGCAGCUGGAACCGGAUCGUUUGUUCAGGUUUUAGGAGACUCGAGCGGUGCUUACAGCAGAUACAUGAGCCACUCGAUGGUGAAAGGCUACCAGAUCGAGAAGGUUAUGUUCAGACCGUACGAGGAUGUUCUCGGGAUUGGCCACUCGAUGGGUUGGUCUAGCGUCCUCAUACCAGGGUCUGGAGAACCGAACUUCGAUUCUUGGGUGGCUAACCCGUUUGAAACGUCGAAACAGAGACGUGAGAAGGAAGUGCACCUGCUUCUUGAUAAGCUCCCGCCUGAGACGAUCAUGCUUGAUCCUUCUAAGAUAGGUGCCAUGAGACCUUCGAGGAGGAAGGAGAAGCCAACGAGAGGAGAGGUGGAAGCUGAGAAAGAGGUGGCGAUAGAAGCAGCGAAGAGCGUUGAGAUGAAGAAGAAGACUAAAGGAAGGAACAAACCGAGUAAGAGGACUAAGAAGAAGAAGGAGUUGGUGGAGAAUGUAAAGAGGACGUUCCCGGAGCAAGAGCACAGCGCUGCAGGUAAGAAGAGAAGAAUAGGUGGUGAAGAUGAUGCUGCGGCAGAGCUUCCCGCAUGUUUGAAAAGGUUUGCCAGAACAAACUGAAAGUGAUGUCUGAAGAUUAGUACUGUUCUAGUUUUUCUUUUUCUCCUAAUAAUGUUUUCUAUUAGGAGAAACUUUACAUUAUACGAUUUAGCAAAAAAACAUAAGUGUUUCACAUGUUGAACUAAUGAAAUAAAAAUAGAAAUGAUAUAAAAUUAUUA